ACCGAACAGAGUACACAUCUUAGUGUACAGUUCGAAAACAUUGUUGGUCAUUUUUAGACAUCAACAAUUGGCGCUAGAGGAGGGGUUAUUCCAGCAUGUCAAAGACAACUUCAUCAUCAUCAAGCAAGAGUCGCCAGAAAGACUCACCGGAAGAAGGGAGGACCGGCGAAACAACCCAACCACGAGGACGGACUAUUCAGCCUUUUUCAAAGACCCAAACUUUGUUAAGGGAAUAUCAAACCUGAUAACACAGAUCCGGCCCUCUACGUCUCAAGCACCCAAAACCCCAGCCAAAAAAGACCUUACCAACACCCUCAAAGGCAAGGAAACGAACGUUCGCGAAGAAACCACCCGGUUGCCCGGGAGCACGAAGGAAAAAUCCACCACCCAGACGGGAAAUGAACAGACGGACGAAAGUUGCUCGGUCACGGACACUCGAACUCGAAACACCACCCGGUCGGUUUUCAGACGGCUGGGAAAAAACGUGGCCGACGACGACUUGAGGAAAACAUUGACGAGAAGGAGAACGACUCAAGCCGAAGAAGACGAAAUGAAGAGCCUCCGAAGAAGAAUAGCCAAACUCGAAGCUCGGCGUUCGGCCCAAAAACGACUAGUUUCCACCGGACAGGAUCUGACGGAAGUCCCUCUCAAACGAGCCACGACAACCUCAAGGGCACGAACGGAAUCCAGCCCAACCGAACCCGAAUCACCCCUAACAUUUGAUAUUUUGCAGGAACAGCUGCCCGAGAAGAUCAAGAUCCCACAGAUCAGAUUUUACGACGGAACAUAUGACCCGGACACCCACCUAGGAUUAUACACGUCAUGGAUGGACCUGCACGGAGCACAGGACGCCCUCCGCUGCCGGAUGUUCUCAUUAACUCUGGGAGAAAAAGCACAAAGAUGGUACCAUUCGCUCGCCCCACAUUCGGUCGCUAGGUGGUCACAAUUAAAGUCCAUGUUCCGAGCCCACUUCAUCAGAUCCCAGGCAUGCCGAAUUCCCAAAGAAUCGAUCACUCACAUUAUCCAGGGAGUAGACAAGAGUUUGAAGAAUUACAUCACUCGUUUCAACGAAUGGGUACAAAACAUGGAACCGUGCCAUCAGAAGACCCUGCUCGUUUCGGCAUACUCGGGACUGAGACCAAACUCGAUGUUCAAAUGGACCCUCUGCCAAAAAAAACCUCAGACGUAUCACGAAUUCUUGAUGAAAGCUCAACAACAUAUCAUGGCAGAAGAAAACAU